UUUAUGAUUGUAAUGAUACAUACGAGAGGUGAAAUUAACUUUGAAUAAAAUUUGACAAUUAUUUAAUCUCUCAAGCUAUUUUCACUCAACGAAACAUUUUUUGUAUGUAUUUAGAAACGUCUGACUUGACUGGAGAACAAUUUAUAGACUGAUCAUAUAGAUAAUAAACGUGUCUGAAAUCUUGUAGAGUUUUAUUUUUGAUUUCUGAUCAGUUUUUGUCUUCACGAUCUGCGUGUAUUUAUAGCAGAUUUAUUAAUACGUUUUAUUGCGUUCUAGAUUUAUAAAACUAAAAACUUAAACGCCCCUUUGAAUCAACAUCGGCUAUACUUAACAUCGUAGGAAUCUUUCAAGACGAUCAUGCUUUUGAGAAAUCUAUAUUUUCAGCCGGAUGAAAGAUUAUUUUUAUCAUCACCUCGUUCGUUUCAUCGGUUCAAGCUCAUUUCGUAAAGCUAAACAAAUUUGCUAACGGGAAUUAGUAACCAUUAGCAACAAUAAAUCAUAGGAUUAAUCGUUAAUUUUUGCCACCUUUCAAACGUUUUAUUGGUCGCAGUAUGACGAUCAAGUCCCGAUUUGUCAACGGGUUCUGGUUCGACGCGUAUCGAACCCCCCUUACCCAGUGACGAUUUCACAAGAGUCACCGAUUAGAUAACCAGUUUUACCGGCUUAUAAACAAUCCGUAUGAGCAACAUCGCUAAUCGAGUAUACGCGACACCUGCUUCAAUCGGUCGGCAAACAACGACGAAAAGAAAGUAUUUAACAUGUCAAUAUUUCUUUUUCAUUCUGCUUAACAAUACCAAGAAUAUAUUAACUAGUAUCUGUAUUAAUUUAUAAUCAUCUUUUAAUUCAGGUGGUUUUGGAUAUGAAAUUAGUUCGCCGAACAUAUUUCCUCAUCUUGACCGAUGACCACCUGGAAAUUCAAUUAUUCCUCGAAUCUAUUUAAUGAAAUUACACCCACGCGUGAAAGUUUUUCGUUUUCCAUCUCUUCUGUUCAGAAAAUUGCUAUGAAAACGACCGCGACUGAUUCACGUGGAAGCCUUGUCAGCUUAAUUCGCUGGCAAGGUGACAAUUAGAGUGCGCUGAUUCGACAAGCGUAAGCAAUUAAGCAUGGACAUUUUUCGACCAAGUAGAAUAUCCCCGGAAGUGUCAGACGCCGGGUGGAACAAGCGCUAAUAGGUUCCUUCGGGCUGUCGCGCGCGUUGAUAAUGCGACAGACUUGUCCAGAGGUAAACUACGACGCCGCUCGAGAAAGUGACGGUAAUUUACAUAAACUGAACUGGUCGUUUUAAUUUCAUUGCUCGCGAUCGUUUCACCGUCGCGCCGUGUCUUAGCCGAUAUGAAAAUUGAACGCAGCGAAAACUUAAUACUGAUUCAAGUCGGCCCUGCCGCCACCGCCGCCGUUCAAUGAAUUAUUCAAGAUAUUUGCCAUGAUAAUAAUAGAGAUAUCGCCGAUCUAGAUGUUUAUUGCCGUAAUUAAUGUUUUGCAAAUGUUCAGUUUCUCUUCUCGAUUGGUCGACACUGGCACGCUUUCAUUGUUUCCAAAUAACAAGUUCGCAAUUUUUUGCGGGAAUUAUACAUGGAUCUAGGGUAAAAAUGAGGUAGCGUUGAGCAACCGGUCUCAUAACUAUUUUUACAAAUCAAUCGAAGUUUUUAUAUACAGUAGAACCUCCAUUAUAUGAAUUAAUUGGAUAUAUGUAACCCUAUUACGUAUAAACAUUUAGUGUAUUUAUACUUUAUACAGAGCAUUGUAAUAUAGUUCAUAUAAUGCAAUGUUCAGGUUGCAGGUGUUCAUGUAAUAGAAUGUUCACAUAAUGUUGCAUAUAACACAUAGGUUCUACUGUACUUAAUGAAUAAUUAGUCUAAAACGGAACUAGAAGACUAAAUACGAAUUGAUUUGAAAUCCUGUAGGCGGUUAGUCGAUUCCUGGUGACCGAAAGUUCGAUGCCGUGAUUAACCAAUGUCCUCGAAAGAUAUCACGACAAGACCUGUUGAAGUCAGGGGGUCGCCACUUCGAGUGCUACAAAUCGCUCGUUAGUCACCAUGAUUACCGUUUUCCUUCGGCAGUAUACGCCACGUCUUUGGCGAUAAAUCUCUCUCUCUCGCGUUUGUCGCCGAGUACGGUCAGGUAAAAUCGAAUGGCAAUCCGACUUUUAUUGCGCUCACGAUUCUAACAAAUUCUGUCAAGCUCUUCUAUCGUAUUAUUUAUAGUAUUAUUAACGAGACUUUCUCUUAUUAUAAUUUUUCGUUUUCCUCUGGUUUCACGUAAACGCCAAUUGAGUUCGUGUAAUUUUAAAAAAAUUUAAUUGUAAAAAAAAGAAAUUUUACCAAAAUGACAAAUGAUAGGAAAGUCACGUGACUACCCUAAUCCCUCAAUGCUGCAUAUCAUUACAUAAAUUCCCUCAAGUUUAUUUUCAUAAUAAAUAUAUGAAUCUGAAUACAUACAUUUUCACCACACUUCUUAUUGAAAAAUUACAAAUUAAUGUUUGAAACAAUGUGGUACCGAUUAUCGCUCAUUAUCUUGGAAAACGAAAAAUAUAGUCAAACUGUAAUGAUCUUCAUGCAAUUUCAUAGUCUGGGCGGCAAUUUCCAACAGGCUAGGAAGUGUACGUCGUCGUCUAGAGUACCCAGAGCAUAUUCCGUUGGCGAGUCAAUAUCUGAUAGCAAUCAGUGCACGGUCAUAUUCGGUUCUUCGAACCGCAAAUUCUCGACGCCAGAAAGCGAAUUUCGUAGCUGGUCCGUUCCUCAAUUUUCUAGACUCCUUUCACGUCAUAUUUCCCGUCUUUGAAAACGUACAUACAUUCAUACAUAAUAUACGUCUCGUCGUGGCGCAUAUAUUUUUAUCGAUAAAAUUCGGUUAUCAACGAAUGAAAAAUAGGGAAAGUCUGAUAUUGACGAAGAAAAAUUGUUUGCAAUUUUUUGGCUGCAUACUCUUUCUUGCCAUAAUCGAGGGAAAUUUAAAAUAUUUUUUGACUGUCGAACGGAUGAACUAUUUCCGCGAAUGUUCACUUCAGUUCUUCGUGUCAACUCAAAUCAACUGGAAGUUUUACCUAACAAGAAAUGUGAUUUGACUGGAUACAAAUGAGAAAACGCGAAGGAAAUCGAUGAGGAAAGUACAGAUUGGAAGUGAGUGGAACUGCGACGGAAAUAAUGCGAUCUGGUUCGCGAUUUUCUGCAUUUGUUAUGGAUCCAAACGUGUCUCGAGGAGCAACGCUGGAUCACGUGCGUAAAUUCCUUCAAAUUGUACUUCAAUCGAUUAUUAAGAAUCACGAAGAUCUGUCUGACAAGAAAGCAAGAUGAAGUUAUAAUAAGUUUAGGAAGAUGAAGAUUUAUUGAAAAAAUAAUUAGACGGAAGUUCGAAAAUUGUGACAGGCAAAAGAAAAUUGAAGAAACUUUGAAGGAGAAAUCGGCUUCAUGGUAUUAGCAGCCGAUCGUUCGAGUAAUGUAAUGAUAUUUAAAAAAAAUGUGAAAACAUCCGCUUGAAGAUGGGAGGGAAAGUUCUUUCAUCAGGAAUUAUUAUCGAUUAUGAAUAACCGAAAACACGUCGGAUAUGAAAUUUUUAAUCAAUUGAUUGAGAGAAAUCGAACAAAAAUGAACAAACCGAUGAACACUUGGAAGAUCGAUAUAGAUUAAUAUAAUUACCAAGAAAGUAUUUUAUGAUAACAUGUUGAAAAUCGAUUUUUGAAACUCGUCUCGGUGUUUCACUGGUGAGAUUCGAGGAACUGCAACGUAGGAUUAUAUCAGAAACUGCAACAAGUGGCUCGUUCUUUAACGACAGAAUCUCGAGUUUUUUUUAAAUGAUAUUCUUCCGGUAAGAAUACGAUAAUACAUUCUCUUCUCAUUUCGAUCUUCCUCUAGUCAGAUUAACAAAUUUUGUUCAAUCAUUCUCUUCCAUAAAUCUUCGUGACUCAAACUUUCUCAUAGUGAAAAUGGAAGAGAAAUACUAUUACAAAUAUGAUUAGCAUUAUUCUGUCUCCGAUCGUCUAUCCAGAGGCUAAUUGCGAAUUGAAGAAUUAAUUGUUGCGAGUGAAUGUCGUGAGUUAAGUAUUCCUGGAAGGAGCAAUUCUUGUCUCUCGUUGAGAAAGUUGAAAAAAGAAAAACGGCAAAGCUGGAAGGGAAAAGGCGAACGUCGGAAAAACUACGUAAGAUUUAUCGGAAGAUGUCGACCGAGGAAGGUCGAUCUUCCAAUCCUGCUGGUUCUGGAGUUAUUGACGAAACUGGACACGGGGGAAGCAGAAGGAUGUCGCACUUCAAGGAAUACAAGUUCUUCCGCAGCUUCAGUGCAAAGGUGGAGAACUGGCCGAUGCGGAAAGCUGAAGCUCUCUGGCGUCGAAUGAGAGAGAGGAAAAUCGCAGAAAUCGAAGCGCAGGAAGCUUGCAAAUGGCUGAGGGCGGCAGGUUUUCCACAAUAUGCGCAGAUGUACGAAGAUUAUCAAUUCCCAAUUGAUGUUUCCGGCGUAGCGAAAGACCAUCCUUUCCUCGAGGCUGAUUCUUUGCAGAGCCUAUUUCGACGAUUGCACGCACUUAAUAGGUGCGCCAAUAUGAAGAUCGAUACGCACCACACACACAGUACUAGUCACAACAAAAGCGGUGGCGGCGAUGAUUCGGACGAAGAUACACAGUGUGCUUUAAGCGAAAACUGGACAUUCGAGAAGAAAACCAGACGUUGGUCCCGUGUGGGUGAAGUGACGCAAACGAACGUCGAGAGGCUACAGGCGAUCGCCGGUCAGAACGUGCAAUCCGAGGAAGACUCGCUGGAGGAUCGACUGGAAGCCGAAGAGGCCGAGGACACGAUGUUGGACACUCUCAGAUACAGCAGCCUGCCACCUGGGACGCUUCCCGAUGAGAUCAGUCCCAGAUUUCGAAGAACCGGCUCUGAGAGGCUGAAAGACGGAGCCAAAGCUUUUCUUAGGCGGGUCGAGUCGCUCAAAUCCCGGCGACGAAAACAGCAGAACCGCGACGGUAUCGUAAUCAGCAGUCCCCAGAUAUUGGACGUGAUGACAAUGCAACAAAAAAUGAAAGAAUUGAACUGUGUGGACGUAUCGCCGACUGGACCGGCGCCGGUAUCCCUUAACGACUUGGUGUUUGGAUCGCCGCUUCAUGUACCCGGGUCGCCCGUCACGCUACCAGCUUCUCCUUAUCACCUUCCGCCUUCGCCUUUGACCAACACGCCUAGCCCAUUCGGCGACGAUUCCUCGAGUUAUUGCUCGGACGGGUCUCAAGGAGGUGGACCGACGCCUACACCGACGCGCACGAAGAUGAAUCGAGCUAGGAGAUUCCUGCAUCGCGGCCGAGAGGAUCAGGGUGCGCUUAGCGAUUCCGAGUGCCAGCCUACCAGUUGGCGACACAGGUAUUUCAGAGACGCGAAUAGCAAUCACGCGAAGGUUUUGGAAUACGUGGCUGCUCAUCCUCAAAGCCCGAAGGAUUCGCCGACGAAAACUCCCAUAAACAGUCGCGGUGGCAGUCUAAAUCUCGGCAAAGAGUCGCAGAGGUACAGGGACAAGUUGACGGGGCAAAGUCAAGAUAGGUACAAGGAGGAUAAGGUAGCUGCGUUGAAGAGGGAAGAUAAGAUGCACAAGAGCUUCAGACAUCGCGACGAUUCCCUCAGGGAAGGCAAACCUACCACGAAAGAGGUGACGGUUUACAGAGAGAAAUCAAGGUCCAGGAGUUCCGAGCUUGCAGGUAGUCAAGAGAGCAGUUCUACGGUGGCGAGUCGUGAUUCGGAUCAGGAAGAGGAUUCUCCGAGGCACAAGGGUACCGUUGUCAGGUGGCACAGUUUUCAGAGGGGAUCUCUCUACCCUGAACCAUUGGAUCCCCUUUGCCCACGCGCUAUGGCCUCAAUGUCCUGCGGGCAACUUUUGGUUCUGAGAAAGCUGGCUUUGUUGAAGUUGACUGCUUGCAUGGAACGAUACUGUCCCUCUCAUCGUACGGGUUGGAACUGGGAGUUGCCAAAGUUCAUCAGGAAGAUAAAGACUCCUGAUUAUAAAGACAAAACAGUCUUCGGCGUCCCAUUACUAUUAUCUCUGCAGAGAACUGGGCAGGCCUUACCAAAGUGCAUCCAAAUCGCUUUGAGGUGGCUGAGAGCAAACGCUCUUGAUCAAGUUGGAAUCUUCAGGAAGAGCGGCGUCAGAUCUAGGAUACAGAAAUUAAAAAUGAUGACCGAAACACUGGGGGAUAACAUUAAUUUCGACGGUCAGCAGGCCUUCGAUGUGGCUGAUCUUGUGAAACAGUACUUCAGGGAGUUGCCGGAAGCCCUAUUAACGAACAAGCUGUCCGAGACUUUUAUUGCCAUUUUCCAACACGUACCUAUUGAACUACGACCAGACGCGGUACAAUGCGUGUUGCUGUUGUUGCCGGACGAGCACCGGGAGGCGUUGGAAACCCUGCUCGAUUUCCUGAACCACGUAGCGAGCAAUGCUCCCUACAACCAAAUGACAGCCUCGAACCUGGCCGUGUGCCUGGCACCGAGCCUGUUCCACUUCAACCACAGCAACGCGAACGUGACCAACAGGUCGAGCAGCGUAUCGCCACGUAGGAGAAAGACCGUGGGCAUUCCCGAUCAGAGGGAACUGUCGGAAAACAAAGCCGCUCACGACUGUCUUCUGUAUCUGGUCAAGAUGCAUCGUGAAUUAUUCAUGGUCUCAUCGGAUAUGUUGACUCAGUGUCAUUUCAAUUACAUGGAAGAGAGCAUCCCGGUUGUGCUGGAGGAGCUAGGAUCCGAGAUGAAACAGGAUUGGAGGGGCUAUCUUCAUGCUUGCACUACAGCUUUGUUAAAAGAGGCGCGCGAGAAAAGUCGCGGAUGGGUUACCGUGAAUAACCCAGCGGACAGCACGGUAGAAAUGGCUUAUAAGAAGGUCGGCGACGGGCACCCACUCCGUUUAUGGCGAGUGUCGACCGAAGUGGAGGCACCACCGAACGAGCUUCUUCAUCGUGUUUUGAGAGAGAGACAUAUCUGGGAUCCUCAGCUUCUGAAAUACAGACUGGUCGCUAAGCUAGAGACCAAUGCGGAGGUCUUCCAAUACGCCACUGGGAACAUGAGUCCCCUUCCUGCCAGAGAUUAUUGUGUGCUAAGAUCCUGGCGUAACGACCUCCCCAAAGGGGCCUGCGUCAUCGUAGAAACGUCCGUGGAACAUCCGGAUGCUCCUGUCAUGCUUGGCGGAACUCGUGGCAUUGUUUUGGCUUCGCGUUAUCUUAUCGAACCCUGCGGUAGUGGUAAAUCACGGAUCAUGCAUCUCUCUAGAGUAGAUACAAAGGGACGCACGCCAGAAUGGUACAACAAAAGUUAUGGACAUCUUGCCGCUCUUCAUCUGAGUAAAAUUCGUAACUCUUUCAAACAUACAACAGACGGUCCUGAAAGCAAGGUCUGAGAAGAGGCUACCGUGCAACGAUCCCCGUUGCACGGUGCAUAUACUCCUCGUGAAGAUCAAGAGAAAGAAGGCAGAAUUCCCACGAUAGACGAGGAAUAAACGGACGUAGGAUCGAUAUUUCAUCCACUUGAUCAACGCCAAGAAUUAAAAGAUUUUGAUGGAUAUAAUGGGAUCUUAGGAAAAAAUUAACUCGCUAUUUAAAGAUGAACCCCAUCGCGUGUUUCUCGAGUCGAUUCAAAUGAUAUUUAAGAAAAGGAGGAAGAAAGAUGUUAACAAUACCAUGCACGAGCUUUAAUACAUGUGAAGUAAUUUUUAUUAAAACCUGAUGCGUUUAGCGUUAGAGGCCAUCGAAUAAUUGUCAACCAUGUUGUCAAAGAAUGAAAAAGAUAGAGUUCAUUGUUAUCGUAAUUUUAGACGAAAAAUUGUCUCUAUACGACUCUUUAAUUGUUCAUGGACUUGCCGUCCACUGAUCGUGAAAGUUAUUAAAAAAAAAAGGCAGUAUACCGAAUCCAAGAGAAGCAAAUUAAAUAGGCUAGUAAAUGUUUCUCCGUGUAGAUAGGAUAUAACACAUUAUUUUUGCAAGUGUCCAUAGAUGUCACAUUGUUAGUCGAAAUACAAAGAGUAAUGCUUUUGCCGUCGGCAAUAACAAAGAUACAUUUAAAGUACAUUACAAUCGUUGCGAUAUUUCGUCGAGUCAAGGCGAAGAAACCAUCCAGUUAGCAAAGUAACGAUGCCUUUUCCGAUGCUAGGUAGAUGAUAUCAAUAAUCGUAUGGAUUAAAAGAUGAUAAAACGAUGGAUGUAAGUAUUUUUUCAAUUGUAGUCGCUACGAACGCAUCGGUAGUUUGUGUAUGCAAUAUUAUCCCCGCGUAACACGAUGUUUUUAAUCUUACCAAAUGACGUACGCAUACAUUUCUAUGUAAUGUGAACGCGAUAAGAAACAGAAGUCGUGCACAAUUAUUAUUACUACAAUUGAUCAUUUAAUAUUUAAGAGGCCUCCCUUUUGUAUGUUUCUUUCGGACCAAAUGCCAAUUUUUCUAUAUUGUUGUAUCAUAUUAUGCCGCCGGAAGUAUCGGGUAUUUCGAUACGAUAAUGGUUAUUUUAGAACGAUUCUUUUUGUAAAUGUCACGGUGACAAAUUACGAUUAGGGAAACUGUAUAAAUUAGUAGUCGUACGCGUUAAUACGAUGUUGUACAAUGUGUAUGUGUAUUCUAUUUAUAUGAAAGAAGACGCGACGUGAUUCGAUCAUCGAAGUGUGCAGCACACAUUCGUGUUCGAUUCGAAAAGCGUAUAACAAUUAAUUGCGUCUCUCGCGAAAUUCCCUCCCCUUAAUCUAACGAUUAACCCCGAUUUAAUCGAGCAAUGCGAAAGGAUUUUGAACAAUUGUGUAGUUCUUACGCCUACCCGCGCGAACCCGCGGGUGCGCGAGAUAAAUUUUUCGUGUUAAAUUAGGAACUCGUCAUUGUCAAUCGUCGUGUAUCGAUGUUGAAACCAUUGAAAUUUGUUAUAGAGUCUAUUGUUAAUAAUUGUGUAUUCGAAAUCUUAAAUGUCAGUCGCGUCGGUUCGAAUAACUGCUUCCGACAUCGUUCUCGGCCAGUCGAGUAGGGCGAAUCGUCGCGCGUCCUUUGAGAUACGUUGUUCGUGCAUGCACCAUUAAUUAAAUCAUAGGGACCACCUUCGUUCGGACCUCCAUAUGCCUCAGAGAUAAAAAGCAAAAAAAAGGAUCCGAGAAAGGAAAUAGAAAUACCAGAAAUAUGGAAAGCGAUCUGGAAAAUAAUACACCUCAUCGAAUCGAAUUAAUAAGUGUAUUUUAACAUAAUACUAGUCACAAUUUAGAUGAAUUUACGGAAUACGAAUAUAUAAGUGUAUAGAUUUUUAUUUUACGAACGUUACGUCGGUAAUAUUUAAUGAUUAUUAUUAUAUUAUAUUUACAUAAAGUAAUUAUAUGGAGAAGAAAGAUAUAUAUUGAUAUUUUUGUGUCCAAAAAACGCCAGUAAAAAGCACGCGAAUGAACAUGAAACAGAGAGAGCGAGAGAGAGAGAGAGAGAGAGUAAGAUCGAGAGCACGCCUGAAUGUUCUUUUUCCGUUAUUUGUAACGAUAUAUGAUCGUCUUUAUUCUUGUAAUCCGUGUUUCGGUAGAAUGUGUACAUAUGUAUAUUAUACAAUAAUGAAACACGAUUAUAUACUCAUUAAAUCUGUUUUAUUUUGUA